AUGGUAAAGACCCUUAAUGUCACCUCCCAGACAAUCACUGCCCUAAGUUAUCAUCCUGAUCCCCAGCUACGCUGCCAUGCAGAGCUGUGCUUCCUGGACUGGAUCUCUUCUUGGCAGCUGUACCCUGGGCAGGAAUGCCGGGUCACUUGGUUCCUGUCCUGGAGCCCCUGUCCCAACUGUGCCUGGCAUGUGGCUACCUUCCUGAAGAGUAACAGACAUGUGCAUUUGAAUAUCUUUGCCGCCCGAAUCUAUGACUACCAGGCAGGAUAUGAAGAAGGACUAUGCUCACUAUGGGAUGCAGGGGCUCACAUCAGCAUCAUGACUUACGAAGACUUUGUGUACUGCUGGAGAACCUUUGUGAACAGCAAUCUGAGACGUUUUAUUCCCUGGCCCAACCUAAAAGAAAACAGUCAAAUCAUAUCAGAAAGACUUGAAGGCAUUCUCCGGGAAGGGUAUCAUCCUGAUCCCCAGCUACGCUGCCAUGCAGAGCUGUGCUUCCUGGACUGGAUCUCUUCUUGGCAGCUGUACCCUGGGCAGGAAUGCCGGGUCACUUGGUUCCUGUCCUGGAGCCCCUGUCCCAACUGUGCCUGGCAUGUGGCUACCUUCCUGAAGAGUAACAGACAUGUGCAUUUGAAUAUCUUUGCCGCCCGAAUCUAUGACUACCAGGCAGGAUAUGAAGAAGGACUAUGCUCACUAUGGGAUGCAGGGGCUCACAUCAGCGUCAUGACUUACGAAGACUUUGAGUACUGCUGGAGAGCCUUUGUGAACAACAAUCUGAGACACUUUAGUCCCUGGUACAAGCUAGAAGAAAACCGUCAAAUCAUAUCAGAAAGGCUUCAACGCAUUCUCUGGGAUAGGGGCUUCCCUGAUACCUGUCAUGCAGAAUUGCUUUGCCUCCGUUGGUGGUCCUCCAGUCAGCUGCCCCCCAAAGAACGCUACCAGGUCAUAUGGUACUUGUCCAGGAUCCCCUGUUUCAAAUGUGCAGUCCAGGUGGCUAUGUUCCUGGAGUCACACAACGAAAUAAGCCUGAGCAUCUUCGCCGCCUACCCCUACUACUUCCACUGCCCAGAGAUCCACAUUGGGCUCCACAGGCUAUGGCGGGCCAAGGCCCAGAUCAAAAUCAUGAGCCAAGAAGAUUUUGAAAAUUGUUGGAUGAGCUUUGUGAACCACCAGGGAACAUCACUCCAGCCAUGGAGUCAUCUGGUUAAAAAUUACGAGCAAUGGACCACUAAACUUAAUGACAUUCACAGUAACACAAUGGAUCUGCUGACGAGAGAUAUAUUCUACACACAAUUUAACAACAAGAACAAGAUCAAACAGCGCCACCCUCCAAGGGAUGCCUACCUGUGUUACCAGCUGAACGGCCCUCAAUGCGUCAAAUGCUGCUUCCGGUACAAGUCUGGGGUCCUCUGCUACCUCAGCUCCCCUGAGUACCCCCCACAGUCUUUCCCAUCUCUAGGCCUCUGCAGACACUGUUUCCCCCUGAACAGUGCUCUUCCUGGCUCUCUUACCGUGAACUCCUGCUUCAGAUUUCAGCUUAAUCACUCCCUCACGGAGAGCCUGAAGGACUUUGGGGACCACCUGGAGCCACCCACUCACAAUCAUGGCGGGAAGGAGCUCUGCCCAUUACCUCGCAUCCUGACCUGCCCCUUACGGUCCCCAAUGGGAACCAUCUUCAGACAACCUGAUGGACAAGUGUCCAGAGGAGAGCACCAGAAAGUGUUUGGGACUGUGGGCACGGGAAGCCAGGGGUCCGAACUGUGGGGCCCUCCCCAGAAAGUUUACUAUGCAGUAACUCGCUUUAUUAGUGAGAUAUGUUCUAUGAAACUGGAAGAAGAUAAAAACUACAACAUUACCUGCUACCUCACCUGGAGCCCAUGUCUCCGUGGAGCCAAGAGCCUGGUCGAGUUCAUGAAACACAAACCCCAGCUAAAGCUGACCAUUUUUACAUCACGUCUGUACUACUUCUGGGAGAGGGACUACAAAAAGGGGCUACGGCUUCUGCAGAAAUCCAAUAUCAAAGUGGCCGCCAUGACGGAAUCUGGUAUGGCUGCCUGUUGA